CUUUUCGUCAUGUGGUGCCGGAAUGUUUACUAACGAUUGUAUUUUCUAACCUGUAUAGAUUUGUUUACUGUAACUUUUAUCUACCGGUAGAAGGUAGUAAAAUAUUGUUUAAUUCUAUUAUUUAAUACUUAAACAUCAUGUUUUACCAUAUUUCGUUGGAGCAUGAGAUUCUAUUACAUCCUCGGUAUUUCGGCCCGCAAUUACUUGACACCGUAAAGCAGAAGCUCUACACAGAGGUGGAAGGCACUUGCACAGGAAAAUAUGGCUUUGUUGUCGCAGUCACAACGAUUGACAAUAUCGGAGCUGGUAUUAUACAACCUGGACAGGGUUUUGUAGUAUAUCCUGUUAAGUAUAAAGCGAUCGUAUUUAGGCCAUUCAAAGGUGAAGUGCUGGACGCGAUAGUGACUCAAGUGAAUAAGGUUGGAAUGUUUGCUGAAAUAGGUCCACUUUCAUGCUUUAUAUCUCAUCAUUCAAUUCCAGAAGAUAUGCAGUUUUGCCCAAAUGUGAAUCCAGCUUGUUACAAAUCGAAAGAAGAAGAUGUAGUUAUCCAAGCGGAUGACGAAAUUAGACUGAAAAUUGUGGGAACAAGAGUCGACGCUACAGGAAUUUUUGCUAUUGGCACGUUAAUGGACGAUUACUUAGGUCUUGUAUGCAAUUAGUGUAUUUACAGUAUAUCUAAAUUUUAGUAAUUUAACAUGAAUAAUUUUCUAUUCCGGAAACAAGUGUCUUAAAAUACUUUCUACUUUAUAAGCAGUAUAAGAUCAAGCAUAUUAUUUAUCCAAAAAGAUAUAAUAAUAAUAAAAGUCAUUCAAAUAAUGUAAAUAACCAUAUAUGGAUGGAACGAUAAUAAUUUAGAUAUUCUAUCUUUAUAAUUACAUCAAAAUAAUAAUAAUAGUAUAAUAAAUUGAAUAGGAAUUAAACAUUGAAAGAAUUCAUAGGAAUUAAACAGUAUUUAUAAAAUAAAAUUAAGUACGAAAUAUAUUUACGAAACAUUACUUUAAUGGUAUCUUAUGUGUUAUUAACAAUCCACAGAGGCGAAGCAAAUUGAUGCUAUGAUAUACAGAGUGCUUCACUAACUCUGUUAAAUAGUUCUCAUUUUCCAACAUUUUUCAAAUAUACUGCAAUAUAAAUUAUCAUAUUUUACAGAAAUAUUCUAAUGCAAAAUUAGCAUUGCUACCAUUCUGACAAUUAAAAAACCAGGUAGUUUGUAAUUAUAUAAAGAUACUGUUUAGGUAAUG